AUGUCUAGAAAAAGGGUGUCUUUUAUUGUUGGAGAUGAUAAGGUGAGUCUGAAACAUUUUUGAUUUUUGAACUAGGGCAGCUUUUUUGUGGAGAACGAAAAAGAACACUUUAGCAAUUAAUUUUUAAUGAGAAAAUGAAAAAUGAGAAAUGAGGAAUAUAUCAAUUUGAUAUAUGUAAUGAGAUCAUUUUCGACAAUUAGUGUUGGCUCCAAGUUUCAGCACAAAUUAUUUCCAGGAUAAUUUUUGAGUGUUUAAUAUUGAAUAUUCUCGAGAUAAUUCGCUGUCAAAUAUUUUUUUCAGUAUCCGAAAUCUUUGAAUUUUCUAGGCCAUAGAUCUUCCCGUUUUCCAACUAGAAAAUUAUUUCAUUGAGUAUUCAUAAAAUUCAUAUUUCCUAUCCAGACAUUGUGAAAUCCAAAUUUCCUGACCAUAAAUCACUGUUUCGCCUCUCGUGUACUCUAUGUUCAUAUUCAACAACGAUCUUCUGAACUUCUCAUUUUGUGUCUGUCUGGGCAAAAAAAAGUCACCGGGAACAAUACUCGCUAAAUGAAAGCAGAUGAAAAAGUACAAACGGGAACCGUUUCAUCUCGCCGACGACUUUUGAAUAUCGUUGAAAAGCUUUGCACUUUUAACACGAAUGACACAUUUUUUUCGUGUUUGAGAAAAAAAAUUGCGCAACAAAAAGAAAAAGCCGAACACUACUCAUAAUGAAUGCACUUUGAGAAAGUAUGUUUUUCAUAUCCCUUUUUCAUUUUGAAAAUUGGUGAAAUUUAGAAUUCGAAAUUUGAUUUUCAUGUUCUGUUUAUAAUAUAGACUCACAAAGUUCUGAAUAAUUUAAUACUAUUCAUAAAUUUAUUUUAUUUUAUUUUACAGCAGCGCAUCCAAAACAAAAUAAACAACGAUGACAUUUUGCUAAAUUUGUUAUUGUUCCACAAAAAUAUUUCAUUUUUUUCAUUCCCUUUGCAGAAAAAAUCCAAUUUCAUUGUUCUAACAUAAGAAAUAUGUACUUUUUGAAAAAGUCGACAAAAUUACAGUAAAUGUGGGCGGAAAGAGCCAAAAUAUAUGUUCUAUUGUUCGAAAAGCCCACGGUUUAUUUUAUUUUGUGUUAUUUUUUGUGCUAUUUUUUUUCAUUCACAUUUUUAUGCUCUGAUUUUUCUCUCUUUAAACAAUGAUCUCAAAUUUCAUACAUACUUUCGUUUCAAAAAGUUCGAUUUUUUGUUUUGUUGAGAUCAAAUUUUAUUCUUUUUUACUUUUGAUUGUUCUAGAAAAUUUGAACUUUGAAAAAUAAUUACAUAUUAUUUUCCCUGGAAAUAUUGUGAUAAUUGUUAUUCAUUAGAAAUUUGGAUAUUUCAUCAAAACAUACUAGAUUUUUGGAGAAAAAGAGAAAAAAUAAAUUUAGAGCGUAAAUAAUGUGCAUUAUGUAUUUCCUGUUUUGAAAUUCCUAGGGUCAGAGUUCAGCUUUAGCAUUUGAGGACAGAAAAAUUUCUGAAAAUUCUUUUCAACCAUAAUUUUUAGCUGCAAAAAUGAUGAAGUAGCUACGACUUUAUCGAGCAAAAAACUUUUUGAGUUUCCCAAGUUUUUUUUGAAACAUAAGCUAAUUUUUUUUCAGCGAGCCAAAAGGGCAAGUUGAAUUCUAGAAAUGUUGAAAUACUUUUGAAUAUCUAGGGAAAUUCUUUUAACCACCGAAAUUCUGGAAAAGUUAAUAUUUCUAGGUCUUCUGUUGUCGGCAUUAUUCCUGAUUGUGAAUAUUUUUUGCAUUCAAGCUUGAUUUUUCCUCUUCAUUUUCCAAUCCUCCUCAUUUCUCCUGUUUUCUAUCUCUGUGCACAUUUUUUUUGGUCAACACAGCCCAACCAAAAAAAAAACUAUUUUGAUAAUCAUCAAUGCUCAUCAGCUCAGCUUGUAUUGGAAUGGAAAUGGCGAGAAUAACAAACACAUAUAAAAAGUGAACGAAAGGGACAGCUAAAAAGAAAAAAGAGAAAGAGCCUGAAGGUUUCCAAAAUCGAUAGCUUGGAGCAACAAAGAGGGAGAGACAGAGGAAGAGGGAAAGAAGAAGUUGGCUGGGUGAUUUGCAUGUGUGGUGGUCCGCCGCGCUGCCGCGCGCUGAAUCGGACACUGGUCACUAUUUCGAAAAUUUCACUUUUUCCGUUUUCCCCUUCCCCCCACCCUCACCAACUAUUUCCCCCUGCGUUUUUCAUUUUUCGUUCGUUUUCUUCAUUUUCUUUUAUUAUUGUGCAUUUUCAUUCUCAUUUUUCAUUUUUCAAUUUUCAUUUUCAAAUUCCAUGAAAACAACGAAAAGCCACAAAUAUUAAAGUCCUAGUCCUCAUGAAUUUUUUUUUCUGAAAAUGAAAUGAUUAUCUUGUUUUGUUUUUCACGAAAAAAGAUAGAUUAUUAGGAUUUUAUUUCCGAGAAGUAUCAAAUAACUAUAAAUAUCUUGCGAGUGAGUGAAUAAAUCAAAAAAAAAAAUUUUUUUGAGACGAUUUCCCAGUUGUUUUGAGAGAGGGUUAGGUUACAAUAUGUUUUCAUAUGUUAUAAGCUACUUCUUUUUUUUCGUGGUGGUUGAGAGUUUGAAAAUUACUUGUGAGAUGGUUUUUUGAGAAGAUCGGGAAUUGAAGAAAAAUAUUGUUUUUUAGAUUUGAUCAUAGACAAGUUUCUAGCAUGCAAAAUUGAAAAUUCUCUCUAAUUUCUAACCAAAAAAAAACUAUAUUCUGUGGAGUCUGAACUUUUUUUUGUUUGAGGUUCUCGUCAUAAAAGAAAAAAGUACAUUUUUUCUGUGAGCUUUGCACAGUGUUCUAUUUAGACGCGUCUGUUCAGAUGUAUCCGAAAAGCCUUCAUUUUCACUGUACAAAAUUGUGAUUUUUUCCAGAAAGGGUUUGCACUUUUAUGAAAUUUGUCCUUUUUGAAGUUUCAAUUUGCAGUUUUCAUGGCAUAAUUUUGAUGAUUUUUUUUUGAGUGAAUCUCACCUUUCUUCAGAAAAGCAUACAUUCCUGGAAAAUACCAAUUUUGAAAACUGUGCUGUCAAGAUUUUUCUCCGAAAAACGUCAAAUAAAAUAGAAUCUGCACUCUUAUUUUUAAUAUUUUGGAUUGUAGUUUUCCGAUGAACAUAGCUGCAUUCUGAUGAUUUUAUGACUUUCUUGGAAACUGUUAGUUAUCAGACAAGUUCUGCUUUUUUUUUCUAAAUCUAAGUUUAUAUUAUUUUCUCUAUUCAUUGCCAAAAACCUAUUCUUUACCCUAUUGAAUUAACUAAUUCCUCUCAAUUUCCAAAGCAGCAAAAAAAGUGCACCCGAUUAAGUUUGUCACAGAGAUUCCGACACUGCAUUUCCUUCUCUCUUCUCAAUUUUCUGUUCCUUUUUUGCGGUCGGCCAAAUUUCAGUCUUUUCUGCUAACCGAAACAGAAAAAUUGAAUUUAAGAAAAGAGAAGAGACACUUGUGUAGAUAUGUUGCGUUCUCUUCCGAUUGAUAUAAUAUUUGCUCAUUUCAUUUCAUUUUUGUGCCAAAAGACCACGUGGAAAAUAAAAAUGAUGAUGAAAAUGAUGAUGAGUUAGCAAAAAAUUUAAACAUAAUGUUGACUCAAAAGAUUUCACUCCGACCCACCAAUCCGAUUUUGCUUUUGCUUUUGCUCUUUUGAAUUUCAAUUUUCAAUUUUCAUUUUAUUUUUAAUAAAAAUAAGUUUUACAUUACAUAAUACGUCUUUUUUGAACCAUAUUUUUUCAAAGCAAAAAAAACAAUACCGCCCAAAAACAAAAAAACAAAAGGCUUCUGAAUGACUCAAAAAAGAAUCGAAUACAUCUAAAGAAUAAUGUAAACAUUAUAACAUUUUUUGUCAUUCUUUUUACUAUAUUUUCUUCAUUUUUAAAUACAUAUUGGUGAGAAAAAGAUCUCAUUUUACUGGCUCGGGGAAGAGCCAAAGUGCACAUACAUACUUAUUUACCUCAUAAAACGGCUAGGUUUUUUUGGUGGACGAGAGAAAGAAAAUUACUUUUUUUUUCUGGAUGUUCGGAACUUUAAUGUUACUUUACUUUCUGGUAGGCAUUUUGCCUGCCCGGAUUAUAUAGGCUUCUGAACUUUUUUUUCAUCAUUUUUUUUCUAUUUGAACAGGUGGAAUGCUCUCCCACUCACUCAAAAAUCCACAUUUUUUUGAAAAAAAAUUAGCAAUUUAAAUCAUCUGAAAGAUACAUAAAUUAAAUUUUAAUUUCUUUUCUUUUUUUUUUCCUUCUGUUUUUGUUCCGCUUUGAGGAAAAACCUCUUGAAAAAAUCGAUAUUCUCGAAAUUUUUUUAUCUUAAUUUUUCCAGGGUGAAAUGCCGGAUUCGCCAAUUGUCAAUGGCCACAAAAGUCCAGGAAAAGGUUAGUUGAUUUGUGCUUGUACUUUACCGAAAAAUUGCACUUUUUGUUUGAGAAGCUUUUGCUUUUGAUGAAAAAAGGGGUAUGCAAAAUGUGAAAAACCAAAAAUUUGAAAAUCAAAAUCAAAACGUGUUCUAAUCGGCUCAACUAAAAAUGUUAGUGUUAGAAAAAAGAAUUAACACAUUUUAUUAUCAUUAAGCUUCACCUGAUAACACAUUUUUUGUGGCGCCAAAAUGUUGCCUUUUUGUACUUUCGUAUUUCUCCGAAAAAUUGAUUGCAAAAGCCAAUGGCAAUUCGUUUUUUUCUGAUAAAAUCUAUUAAUUGGCAACAUUUUGCUGCUCUUGACGCUUCUGAAAUUGACACUUUAUAUGUGUAUAGAUGAGGGGAGGGGGUUGUUAUCAGGAAAAAAAGUAUCGGAAUAAAAAUUUCCUAUGGGUUUUGAAGCGCUUCGGAGACUGAUAAUACACUUUUUAUAUUAUACUACUGUAUAUUUUAUUAUGUCAAAAAUUUUGGGAUUUUUUUGAAAUUUUUAAAAAUAAGGUGGUGUUAAACUUUUUUGGUAUCUGAUGAUCUAGGUGAUUCUGGAAUUAGGGCAAAAAUACAGAUCAGCCCCCUUUGCUGCACAGUUUCCAUAUUUUGAAUUUUCUAAAGCCCUGCUUUUUUGUUUCACUAAAUUUUCCCCAAAUUUUUCAAUCUCGUUAAAUCCGAAACCCGAAUUUAAUUAAACUAGGGUCUAUUUGAAAUUAAAUAAAACUCUUUUCACAUUUUUCAAAUUCCCAAACUCUUUUUUUUAAUUCUCAAAUUCUCCCACUUUCAAUUAAAAAUUAUUGGGUGUUAAAGUUUAUCUAACCAGCUUUUUUACUGACCAAAAAGUGCUACUUUUUUCGCUGAUAAAAUUUUAUUACUACCAAAAAAAAAUGAAUAUUAUUUUUAGCAAAGUGUUUUUGUUUAUUGUCCAGCUGAUCAGAGAAGAUAUGAUCGAUUUCUCAAAAAAAUAAACGAGCAAAAAAAGUUUUACAACUCAACUCAAAUCUUCUUAUUCUCUGGAAGUAUAACUUCUCUCUCUUUUUUGUUUUUUCUUCAUUUUUUUUUUUAAAUUUUCCAAAUCAUUUUUUUUCAAAGAAAACAAAAACAAGAAGAAAAUCCUAUAAGUCGAAGGUGUCAAAAAAAACUUGUUCUAAAAGUGUUUUUUCUAAAAGUGUUCUAUGUAAGAAAAAAUAAAAUUUCCAGAGGUAUUUUUCCGAUUUUUCAACAAAAAAAAUCUGAAACAAGUUUUCUCCAAAGAUUUGCUGAUUUUUUAACAAAUUGUUCCAUUUUAUCGUGCAAACUGUUCUUUUUAUCAGCUAAUAAGAAACUCAUAAAUUCACAGUCAUAAAAAUUAUGUAUCUUUUGAGACGAAAACGUUGAAAAAAUGGCUGGGUGGUUCGUGGAAAAAAUGACUGACGAUAAAAAAAUCAUGUUCACACUUUUUAUUGUCCCCUUUUUGUCGUUCUGCCGUUUUUAUUCAUGACAAAAAAUUUCGGAGCAUUUCGGAAUUUUAUUCAUAAUAAAACUAUAUAUGUGGAGAGGCUAUACAUUUUGGCAAAUUAUUUUUGUUGAAAAAAAAUCUAUGAUUUUUUAGAAGAGUAUUUUCGUGGAUCGUGGAAGUUUCACAUUUCAAGUGCUAACUAACAUUGAGACUUGAAAUAAGAAACUUUCUGAAAAAAAGUUUCUCAAUUUUUUUUACCUAGUUAAUCAUCUAGUAAUCUAAAAAACCGUGGUCGAAUUCAGAUAUUCAUUUAUGAUCAUCGGACCACAGAACAUGUUCUAAAUUUCUAGUUUCCUUUUUUUCUGCAGGGUUCAAAAUAUCGAGACAAAUGUAUUUUGAACUUUAUGUAUCUCGAACAUAUGUAUGUCAAUAAAAAUUAACCCAGAAAUAUGUUUUUCUCGAAUCAGACAUCAAUCAUUUCUCACUUUCAAAUGGCAAACUAUUUGAUGAGUUCAAAUCUUUAAAAAUUCUGCAGAAACACUUCCAAACUCCACCCACUUAUUUUUGAUUUCAAAUGAAACAUUCUCUUAUCUGUUGAACCUUGAAUUCAAAAAUGAAGAAAAAAAAAAGAUAAUGAAAAUUAAAGUUCGUUUUACCAUCACCCAUAGUUUUUUUUAUUUUUUUUAUUUUUGCGAUACUGACGUUUUUUUUUUGAAGUUCAGAGAUUUUUGAAUUCAACGGGAAUUACUGUAACUUCAUUUACUAAUGUUAGAUGUUCUUCAAAUUAUUUCUUCUGACUUGUAGAUCUUUAAAAAAUCUGCAGCAUUUCUGACGUAUUUUGCCAAUGCCCCCUCCCUAUUCUCAGUCAUCAAUUUUAACCCUACAAAAAAUUGAGAUCAUUCAUCUACGGAAGUGCAAAUAUCUUGAUGAUCAAAUAAAAACAUAAAGAAUGCAUCUGAACCUUUUUUUCUCGCGCAACUGAAGUGCUGCCUAUCAGUGAAAUAUGAAAAAAAGUGGGAAAAAGAUGAUGAUAGGAUAAAAAGACAACCCACCAACCAUUUAUGAUUAAUUGGCUAGGCGGGUAUUGAUACUCUUAACGGGACGGCGCGCAGCACGAUCACACUUGACACCUAGAAAAAGCUUUUUGUUUGAUUUUGAUCGUUGCAUUCUUUUGUCUUUCUCACGGCCAAGGAUUUUGAUUUUGCCGUUUCAACGUUUCUCUUGUUCAAAAUUCAAAUUUUGCAGCCGUUCCCGGUGAUAUUGAAGACGAGGAUUUGGCAUCAUUAGACGGUGGUCAAUUAACAAACGAUUUUUCAUCACAACUUUCAAUCAACAUGGGUGCACAACAAGGUUAGUCUUUUCAUGAAAACGAAAAUUGGGUACAACAUUUAUCGCUUUUUUAAUGAUUUAUAUUGUUACGGUCGUAUCAUUGUGGAUUGUGUCUAAAGUCUAAAUGUUAAAACGAUCUCAUAAAAAUGACCAUAGAUCAGAAAUCAAGAAAAUAUUUUUAUUACAUUAACUGUAUUUUUUUUGGAAAUUAAAAAAAAAAGUGUGACUAGUAAAAACAUGUGAUAAUUUUCUAAACAUAUGUAUUUUAUCAUUUUGGAAAAGGUAUUAAAGUAAUCCUUAUUGAAUCAAAAAUCAGAACAUUUAGCACAGUUUGUGAAUUACUUCUCGAAUUUUUCAAAAUCUUUUCUGAGACCAAAAAUAUACCUAAAUAUCUCAACUCUACGUUGAAUUUGGUCAAUAUUAUUGAACAAAAAAAAACUUUGCUGUGAACGUUGAGAAAGGAAAACGCGUUCCCUUGACAAUUUUUCCAUAUUUCCUUUCAAUUCAAAUAAAAAGCGGGAAAAAGUUGUCCGUGGAGCAUGUCUUCUUCUCUCCUAUUAGUUCUCUUUUUUUCAUUCUCUUUUUUUUAUCAUAAAAAGUUUCCCUCUCCCCACCUAACUCAAUUUUUUUCCAGUUGAUGCUGUGCAAUUGGUACCACACGCACCAGAUGGUGGAUAUGGUUGGGUUAUUGUAUUUGCCGCUUUCAUGUCUAACUUCGUCGUCGAUGGUAUCUCAACAGCAUUUUCGGAAUUCAAACCAUCAUACAAACAAGCGUUUGGAGCAUCUGAUGCAAUGACUUCUUUGAUUGGAUCACUUAUUAUUGGAACUUAUCUUUUGGUUGGUCCAAUGGUCGGAGGAUUAUGUAACAAAUAUGAGCCAAGAUAUGUUGUUAUGCUUGGUGCCGUUAUUUGUGGAAUCGCAUUUUUGAUCUCAACUGCUGCGCCAAAUAUCUACAUUUUCAUGUUGAUCUAUGGAGUUUUGGGAGGUAUUGGAUUUGGUAUGAUUUAUUUGCCAGCUAUUGUUGUUGUCGGAUUUUAUUUCGAAUCAAAAAGGUAAUAUUUCUACCUGCAUUUCUUGUUGUCACCUAAUAAAAUAAUUUGCAGAGCUAUGGCAACUGGUAUUGCUGUCGCUGGAUCUGGAGUUGGAACAUUUGUUAUGCCUUUGAUCUGUAACUGGGCUAUCCAAACUAUCGGAUGGCAAUACACACUUUGGCUUUUGGCUGCUUUCUGCUUCUCAUGUUUGGCAUACGGUCUUCUCUAUCGACCACUUCCAAUGAUUGAUCCAAAUGAGUUGAGAGAACAAGAAAUGGAACCAUUGAGACAAGCUUUGUCGAAAAUGUCGGAUGGAGAUGAAGAAGAAGUUUCGUCGAAUAAUGUUGAAAGCCCACAAGUUAACAGAGCUGCUAGUGCACAAAGCAAUGGGGAUAACAAUUCAUCAGAUGGUAAGUUGAUAUUUUUCCUAUCAGAAAACAUUGAUGAGCUGAUUUCUUUUCAAAAUAUUAGGUUCCCGCAGUCCCAGUUCUUCAAAAUCCCUGCAAAGUUUAGUUUUUGCUAAUUCUUUUACCAAAAAACCAAAUUAUUUGUAUUCAAAAUUGUAUUUGAAAAUUCUUCUGACGCAUUUGCGCUUAAUAAAUUAUAAAAAAUGCGGGGAAACUUACGUUUACAGAAUAAUAGAAAACGUUGACAUCAACUUUACAGAUGAUCCAACCAAAGAUCCAAAUCUCAUCCGCCUCCGUCAUGAAUGUGAACAAGAAGAAGCACCACAAUCACCAGCUGAUUCACACAAAACUCGAGCUCACACUGCUACCAGAUCCCGAAAACACACAAUGACUAGUAUGGGAAGUGAUUCUCAACACGAUCUCAAAUCAUCACGUGGAAACCUUGCUGAAAACCGUUUGUCCCGAGUUUCAGCCAGAAGUUUUGCUCAAUCUCUCUCCAAACUUAGCAAAGCUGGAGGAGCUUCGAAUUUGAGUAUUGCUAUGAGCGGAGUUGAUCCACAAGAAUUUGCGAGACCAAUGAACCGACAAGAUGUUUUCUAUGGAGGUUCAAUCACUAAUUUGAAAGAAUAUAAACAAGAGGGAAAUAUGUCAAACUUCCGUGCUUCAACAUUAUCGAUUCCACGAAGUGUUAUUGGACAAGCUGCAUCACAUAUGAAUUUGAGCCGUGCUGGAUCUCGCCUUGGAGGAUCUCAUCUUGGCGGAGCUAAUGGCGUUGUUGAAGAAGAAGAUUAUAUCGAUGAUUAUGUUGAUGAUGGAAAAUGCCAAUGGAUUCCAUUGUCGAUUAGAAAUGCUUUCGCUCAAAUGAUUGAUUUAGAACUCUUAAAAGAUCCAGUUAUGAUUCUAUUGUGCAUUUCAAAUCUUUUAGGAAUGAUGGGAUUCUAUAUUCCAUUUAUGUUCUUGAAAGAUUUGGCAACUGAAAUGGAAUUGGACUCAAACAAAGCGUCAUUGCUUGUUCCAAUUAUUGGAGUUACCAACACAGUUGGCAGGGUUUUCUUCGGAUGGGUUGCUGAUAAAAAAUAUAUGACUGCUUUGACUAUCAACAAUUUAUCUUUGGUCAUUUGUGGAUUCUUGACAUUGGCUUGCCCAUUGUUGACAUCUUAUUCCGGACAACUUUUCUAUUCAUUCUUCUUUGGUUUCAUCAUUUGUAAGUCUUGAUUUUUGUGAAAACGUUUUACAAAUGUGAAAUUUUCCAGCCGCCUACAUUUGCUUGACAUCAAUCGUUCUUGCUGAUCUUAUGGGACUUGAAAAACUCACAAACUCCUUUGGACUUUUGGUUGUGGCAAGAGGUAUCGCCUCAUUGGCUGGUGCUCCAUUUGCUGGACUUGUUUAUGAUAUCACUAAGAGUUAUGGAGCCGCAUUCUAUUUUGGCGGAUUUGUUAUUCUUAUCAGUGGAUUGAUCUCUUGCGCAAUUCCAUUUGUAUUGAAACGUCAACAAAAACGAGCCGCUGAAGAAGGUGAGAAAAAUAAACAUGAAAAUUUUAAUCUUGGUCAAAAUUUUUAAUUGAAAAAAAAUAAAAUAAAUCCACGGGGUUUCAGGUGAUGAUUUAUCCAAAUUCCAAGACCUUGACAAUAUUUCUGGAAAAUUGUCAGUUCUAACUGAACGGUCUGAAGAGAAUUUGACUGAAUAUCAGCGAACUAUUCAGUCAUUAAGACAACAAUACGCUUUACUUCAAGGUGAAAUAGAUAGAGAGUAUUGAUUGUACUGUAGUGUUGUGGUUUUUUUUCUGAAAAACACAUUGUUCAGUUUGCAUGAGUGUUAUGUUUUGUAGAGUUCAGUGAUCAUAAUGUGAUUCGGAUUUUUUGAAAAAAUUUUUUUUCAGAUUUGGAAGAAGAAAAACGCAAACAAAAACAGAAUGGAGUUGUUGAAGAGGUUAAUGAAGAAGAAGCCGAUGAAACGGUAAUUUUUCUCCAAAAAAAAACAUUUGAUUCCAAAUCCAAGUUUUUCAGGUUCCUUUGAAAGUUCUGAAACAAAACGAAUAA